UGGUUACCAUGUGGCUAAUUCUUCUUGUCCCACUUCUAACUUUGCUCUUUCUCAUGAGAAACAAGAUUACAAAAGCAAUUAAAGAAAACAGGAGAGAUCCUCCAGGCCCUCCAAAGCUUCCUAUCAUAGGCAAUUUGCACAAAAUUGGUGCACUGCCACAUCGUUCGCUGUGGCAACUUUCGAUGCAGUAUGGGCCCGUUAUGCGCCUCCAACUCGGAGGAGUACCCGCGAUUGUCAUCUCAUCAGCCGAGGCUGCAAAGGAGGUCUUAAAGAUUCAUGACUUGGAAUGUUGCAGUAGACCUCCUUUAGCUGGUCCUGGAAAACUUUCUUACAACUUUUUAGAUGUGGGCUUCUCACCUUAUGGUGAACACUGGAGGGAGUUGAGGAAAGUCUGUGUUGUCAGGCUCUUUAGCCUCAAAAGCGUGCAGUCUUUUCGAUUUGUUAGAGAGGAAGAGAUUGGUUCUCUCAUCGAUUCUUUUCGCGGGAAUUCUUUCACUAAGACUCCUGUUGAUCUCAGCAAAAAGAUGUUUGCUCUCACCGCAAGCGUGACUUUAAGAAUUGCUUUUGGAAAGAAAUUUGAAGAGACUGGACUAGACAAUGAUGAGUUUGAGGAGAUAAUGCAUAGGGCACAAAGCGUGUUAGGAGGCUUCACAGCCUCCGAUUUCUUUCCUUUUGUGGGUUGGUUUGUUGACAGGCUUACUGGUCUUCAUGCAAAACUUGAGAGGAGCUUCCAUGAGUUGGAUGAUUUUUUUCAACGUGUGAUUGAUGAGCAUCUCAAUAGGACUACUACACAAGAGCAGGAAGAUGUAGUUGACUUGAUGCUGAGAAUGGAGAGAGAUCAAUCUGAAUUUGGUGAAGUUCAAUUCACUAGAGAUUGUACCAAGGCUAUCCUCAUGGAUAUAUUCUUGGCUGGAGUGGACACUGGUGCCGUAACCAUAACUUGGGCAAUGGCAGAGCUUGCUAGGAACCCAAGAGUGAUGAGGAAAGCACAAGAUGAAAUCAGAACUCGUGUCAAGAAAGGAGAAUUAGUCAGUGAAAGCGAAAUUCAUCAACUUGACUAUCUGAAAAUGGUGGUCAAAGAGACUAUGAGGCUGCACCCUGCAGCCCCACUUUUGUUACCAAGAGAAACCAUGUCCCAAUUUAAGCUUUUCGGUUACGAUGUUUAUCCGAAAACUCUGCUUCAAGUUAACGUUUGGGCAAUAGGAAGAGAUCCAAAUUAUUGGGAUAAUCCAGAAGAGUUUAUCCCUGAGAGGUUUGCUGAUGGCUCCAUUGAUUACAAAGGGCAACAUUUCGAGUUCUUGCCAUUCGGAGCCGGUCGAAGAGGCUGUCCUGGGAUUUACAUGGGAAUUGCUAUGGUGGAGCUCACACUAGCAAACCUCUUGUGCUGUUUUGACUGGAAAUUGCCUGAUGGGAUGGAGGAGACAGAUAUUGACAUGGAUGAGGCAUCUGGACUUGCAAUCCAUAAGAAAUUCCCUCUUAAACUUGUUCCAAUUAGCUACCAAUAGUGAUCAGAAGAUCAAACUUUAACCAAGCAAUGGCUUCUUCAAUAUCUUAAGAUAUUUAAAACCAGCAAAUGUACUUUCU